AUGCUUACGCCUCUCUCACCCUCAGCAAACAUGUCGCAAACAGAGGACCGAGCAAAGCAAUUGCCUCAGCCGGCCACAUACGCCGCGCCGGCCGAUCUUCCAGCUAGGCCGCCGUAUGACAAGGUCUUCAGCAAAUUCCACCAGCAUACUUUGAGCGAUUCGACAAAUACGACAGGAUCGAACGAAUCGUCUCCCACUACCACAAUCUCGACGGUCGACGACUCGAGCGCGACGGAGCCUUCGCCUGGCUCAUCACCCGAGUCACCGCCUCCCACCACUUUUGCGGUCGGUAUGUUACGGCCACGGACGUCAGAUGAUUCUCGGAAUCCAUUCUUCGAGCUCCAGAAACAACCGCCGCCCAAGAAAGGCCGCAAUCUCAAGAAUCUGGCCGUCAACACAUCACGGCAUGCCCCACGAGCGGCUUCCACCACAUGUCUCCCUCUCCGUCCUCCAGCUGACGCUAAUGCUUCAAUAUUAUCACCGUCCUUUGUCAAGCCACCUACGCCGCCUCGAAGAAAGCCGGCUAAUCUUGGUUUGACAAUAUUAACUCCCGGAGGCACCAAGCCACCGCCUCAGCAAGUGAAGCUUGCUAUCCCACCCACUCCCGGCUUCGGCAGGCCUGCAACACUAAGACACUUCCAAUCAUCUCCCUCAUUACCUCUGGUAACAGGUCUCGGAUUACCACGUAGCCAUCAUCACCACGAGUAUCAAAAACAGCAAGCGCUCGAAACGAUCUUCUCUCCCAUUGAACGUGACGGGCGGCCUCAGAUUGAAGAGGAAGAAGAGGAGGAGCAGAAUUUUGACAUUCCUCUGUCGCGGGAAGAGAAGCCCGAAGCUUAUCCCGAUGGACCCGUAUGCGUUUACGACCCUCACAUUGACCUCUAUCUGGAGCCGACAGCAGAGCAGGCACGGGAGUAUGACGUGAUCAUGAAUGUUGCCAGUGAAGUGCGAAAUCCCUUUACUGCACACAUUGAAUCGACGACUCCUGCGGAACCGGAUCUUCGUCUAGAUGGAGGCGGAGGCAUUCAAUAUGCGCCCAAGAGAGACCGUCUUGCAGCAACGGAUGGCAACAGUGGGACUUCAUCGGGACCAGAUGCUUCCCCAGCCACACCUAAAGCUACACCAUUGGAGGCGACAUUCCCAAAGCUUGCACUUUCCGACGAGCCACAAAAAGACCCCGAGUAUAUACACAUUCCAUGGGAGCACAACAGCGAUAUCGUACCGGACCUCUUACGGUUGGUGAAGCUGAUUGACGAGAAGGUCAGCCAGGGCAAGCGGGUACUGGUACACUGUCAAUGUGGCGUCAGUAGAUCGGCGAGUCUCGUGGUCGCGUACGGACUGUACAAGGACCCUUCGAUGAGCGUGCAGGAGGCCUACGAUGCCGUGAAGAAGAGGAGCAAAUGGAUAGGACCCAACAUGAACCUGAUCAUGCAGCUGCAGGAAUUCCGAUCAAGUCUCGCUCGAGGUGGAGUCUUGUCCGGGAACCGCGGUCUCAGUCCCCUCACGCCAAGCUCGGCGUUCAGUGAAUGGAGAGGACCGUUCUCGAAUGAUUCGUCCUCGGUCAAGAACGUACCACUGUCUGCAGCGGCUGUGCCCUCCACCAAGGCCGCCACGGAAGGCGACGCACCGGCUAUAAGUCCUGGACCUUCCUCGGCGCCUUCUGGGGUCGCGUGGCCGGUUGAGGACAAGCAGAGGAGUCGCACGGUCAGUGCCGCGAAGCCUGCGACUGCAUACGUCGACCCGUCUGGUCAUGUUGUGCCUGUGUUGAAGAUCAUCGAGGUCGACGCGAGCAAUCCUCGGUUGGCCCCAAUCCGGCGGUCCAUAUCAGGAGACGUUGUUCCGGAACCCUCUCGGGAGCCAACACCCACGCCUCCCCGGGCGACCGAAUUCGCCAUGGCGCCGCUGCAGCCGUCGGAGGAGGUUGAAUCGUCGGAUAGCUUUGGGAUCAUGUCGCCGACGUCUACAGAGUACACGUCGAAUCCGUUCAGCAGGUCAGCGCUGUUGGCGACUCUAGGCAUGGGAUCGAUGCGGGCCGACGAGGAGACUCCACGACGAUCAAUAUCAUUACGAAACCGAGAGCGACAACAAGUACAACAGCAGCAGCAGCAGCAGCAGCAGACCCAAGGCCAAAAGAGCCUUGGAGCUCAGCCUGCUCCGAGACUCCGCGGCAAGAUCUCGUCGCCUACAUUACGCGAGCAGCAACAGCUCCAGCAUCUACAGGCCCAAAUCGAAGCCACAUUACCCGUGCGCCACGCUCACGCUCCCGCUACGCAAUACGACAAGGAUCUUGUCGUCGUCGACGACGCAUUGAUGUCGCCUCGUGCCACGGAGUUCACGAGCAAUCCUUUUGCCCUCGCGCUCUCCAUCCCGGCCGCGGCGGCGACAACGGCGGCGACAAGCCCGGGAACCGACGACUCUCUGAGGAUUUCCGACGUGGACCCCCGGAGUCCCGCGCACAAGGGCGCAAGUCCUAUCACGAGGAACAUCAUGGACGUGUUAUGA